UCUUGGGUCCUUCACAUUGGAGGUGACAUUCAGCUAUUUCUUUCGACGGGGACAGCUGAAUUGAACAUCAUGGCACAAGCAGUGCAGAAAUUAGUGGCGAAAAUCCCAACACUGGCCAGCGCUGCUGCUGCCGCCGCCAAACCCCGGCUAGCAACCUUCUGGCAUUACGCUCGCGUCGAGCUGGUGCCUCCCUCACCAGCUGAGAUCCCCAAGGCCAUCGGAGGGCUCAAGGACAUCGUCACAGGGUUCCAGUCAGGACGUCUCGGUCAGACCACAGUCAGGGACGCAAUGAGGAACGGUUUGGUGGCUACAGAAGUCUUGAUGUGGUUCUACAUCGGUGAAUGCAUCGGAAAGAGGGGCAUCGUUGGAUACGAUGUGUAAAUUUAGGAUUGUCCAAUGUCUGUUUAUAGUGCUUGUAUAAGCCCUCCAUGUCCAGUUAAAACCUCUGGUAACACAAUAAAGAGAUGUAUUGUUUAAGAACA